UCCGACGGAGGAUUCCUGAGCGGUGUCGAGGAACACUCCAGAAAGGCUUAUCUCUGCGAGCGUUCCUGCUCCCCAUCAACACCUCAGCAAGAGGCACCAAAUGUCAUCUGAAAUGUCACCAGCGUUUAUCGAGACUUCUAAUGUUGAAAGAAAGGAAGACUUAGGUGAAGGUCAAGAGGAGAGCCAGAAGCCAGAAGGUGAAGGGGUUGAACCAAUAUCUAAAUGACAAAUGAAGAAGCUAAUAAAACAGAAACAGUGGGAGGAACAACGAGAACUCCGCAAACAAAAGCUGAAAGAAAAACGCAAGAGAAAAAAAUUAGAGCGACAAUGUCAACUGGACUCAAACUCAGAUGGAAAUGACAGAAAACGUGUGCGAAAACAUGCUGUUCACAGCACACUCCGCCUUGUCAUUGACUGCAGUUUUGAUGACUUGAUGGUAUUAAAGGAUAUUAAAAAACUUCAUAAGCAGAUUCAACGAUGUUAUGCAGAAAACCGACGUGCACUGCAUCCUGUGCAGUUUUACUUGACAAGCCAUGGAGGCCAGCUGAAAAAGAAUAUGGAUGAAAGUGACAAAGGAUGGGUCAACUGGAAGGAUAUCAACAUCAAAUCAGAGCACUAUACUGAACUCAUUAAAAAAGAAGACUUGAUUUAUCUGACAUCAGACUCACCUAAUGUACUGGAGGAAUUAGAUGAAUCAAAGGCUUAUGUGAUUGGAGGAUUAGUAGAUCACAACCAUCACAAGGGAAUCACAUAUAAACAAGCAUCAGAUUAUGGAAUUGACCAUGCACAUUUCCCCCUUGGAAAUUUUGUGAAGAUGAAUAGUAGAAAAGUUUUGGCUGUUAAUCAUGUGUUUGAGAUUAUUCUGGAAUACCUAGAAAGAAGAGAUUGGCAAGAAGCAUUUUGCACCAUUUUACCCCAAUGGAAAGGAGCUGUUCCUACAGACAGAACCUGUGAAAGUUCUCGGGAAGAGCAGUCUGCCCAGGUUGAAGAUGGAUCAGACAGUGAUUCCAGUGAGGGGGAGGACAGCAGAAAUGAAGCAGAUUCACCACAUGCAGAAGAAAAGCAGGAUAAGGAAAACAGCACUGAAUCUACAGUCCCUGCUAAUGGCCUGGGAAAAGCAGUGGAAGAUGGCCCGAGUAUUUGGGCCCCUGCCACCCAUGUGGGAAACCCAGAUGAAACUCCUAGCUCUUGACUUCAGCCUGCCCAGGGCUGACUGUUAUGGCCAUCUGAGGAGUGAACAUGUGAAUGGAAGACCUCUCUCUCUAUUUCAUUGUAACUCCGACUUUCAAAAAACAAAAUAAAUAAAUUAAAAA